AUGUCUGAGCCGACCCCAUCAACGACCGACACGGGGCAGCUCGGAGGUCUGACUGAUCAGGCAGCCUCAUUCGCCGGUGAAGCUUUCCAGAGUUACCGAGGCCCUGACGACAAUGUGGACACUGAGUCUGAGACCGGUCCUGGGAUUCCCAACUUCGGAACCACCAAGAGAAGCGAGGGCAAGGACCCAAGCUCAGGCUAUCGGCAGUACAAAGGGAGUCCUGAUCAGGCCGGCGAGGACAUAAGCCCUUCCCCUGAUCUGGCACCAGACUCCCUUACUGCGGCAGACUUCCGGGCCCAGCAACUCUUGAUGGCGAACCUAUUAACAAUGGUCAACGCAAGCAUGACCAAGGACCAAGGGUCUGUUAAGCCUGAUCAGGGCGGGACAGAUUACCUGCGUCGGUCAACCAUCAAGAUGCCACCGCCGGACACCAAAGGGGCCCCCACCUUUGAUGGCUGUAACAUCACCGAUUUCCUUGACAAGUAUGAAGCCUUGACUGGGCUUGCUGGUUACUCUGACAAAGAGAAGACAAAAGCGUUGCCAUGGUACUUACCUGAUGAACACCGAGCAACGGUGAAGAUCAAGGCUGAAAAGGAGACUUGGCAAGAACUAAGCAAGUUCCUUCUUGACACUUACGGACAACUCGACGAAGAAGUCAUCCUUCAACCGAACCGCCGCAUCAAGGACCUUAUGAAGGGAGACUUGAUCAGGGACGAUAACCUGACAGAAACUGCAACUUUGUUUCAGAAGGUUGAGAGCGUAAGAGAAAAGGCAAAGGCUAAAGGGAAGCCUGUGAUGGGCGCCCAAGAGCUGAUUGAGCUUUUUGCUAUGCGAUUUUCCGAAAACACGAUUAUGGCAGUGUCCUUGCAGAUGGGACUUUCCCCUGCUGAUCUGUUUGAGAGAGGGAACUUCAGCGCCUUCAAGAGGGCAAUGCUCGCAUGGGUGGGACAGAAGUCAAGAUACAAGGGUCAUUACGGAGAUUCUGACACUUCUGCCUCCUCCUCAUCAGCUACGGUUCCCUAUUCCUCAAAGCGGCCUUCCAGCCCUGAUCAGGUCAAAGGUACACUCCCUAAGAAGUCUGCUUUCAAAGACAUCAAAGUUACGACUGAUCCUGCUAUGGACGAACUUUCGAAAACAGUAGCAGCCCUUACACUCGCUGUAAAAGCCAGUCUUGAAGCCCAGACUAUCUCUAACAGUCAACCCAUGGUUGCACGUAGUUAUAACGUCUCUGCAUCCGGUCCUCCACGGCUAUAUACACCACCAGCUCGACAACCGUCCUCCUUCAGCAAGCCAGGUUUUGUUCCAGGCCAUCCUGAUCAGUGUUGGUAUGAUGCAUGCGACCAAAGAAGGUAUUGGAUGUGCCCGCAACUCAAAAAGGACAAAGAGGCCAACCUGAUCAUGUUGGACCACGACGUCUACAAGUAUGGGGUACUUCGAGGAUCGAACGUUGAGGUAAACGAAGUUCCUGAUGUUGUUAUCUGGGAAGCCCGCAAAAACUACCAGCCUGACCGGGUUACUAUCCUCACCCAUGUGGCGAACAACACCUUGUUCCCAGAAGCCGCAAAAGCAGCAAAACGUAUGAUUGACCAGGGUGUUGGACGUCCCUUUCAACCUGAGAUACAGUGCUACCCACCGCUGUACACCCAAGACGCCCGGGUGAAUCUUGUCAAAUGCGUCUCAGUAUCCCCUAAGACACACGCCGAAGUCUUCCUAACUCAAGGAGCAAAAGUGAACGCGGUUACCAGGUCAUUGGACACAAUGCCGCGACCUAUUCUGCGCCGCCCUGAUCAGGCAAGGCCCCAUUCAGUACGCCAAGGCUUUGUUUCGAAAAACAUGCAUCGAAGAGGGAGCACUUCCAGCACUGGCUCCCAGGCUGAGGAAAUGAACAUAGAUGCCCGUGCCCAGACUCCUCCGCCGACACAACCUACCGGUCCAGUGCACCCUGAUCAGGCCUAUCAGACUCCUGAAAGUUCAAGGUCCCCUUCUGUUCAAACUGUACCAGCGGGUGAACACGCCAGCUUCGCAUAUGGCCCAGGAUAUGCUCAAGGAGCUGCCGAGGAGAGUUCUAUCCCAGAUCAGCUAGAGAUAAUGGACCGAGCUGCAUCUGCUCAAGCCAUUGCCAAGAAAUUUGGAGGGAAUAUUACUAUUCCCUUCGAAGUUGCGCUUCGAGUCUGGCCUCAGCUCAACCAGGAUGCGAUGGUAACGAUACGCCAGAUGCUAGACAGCAAUGGGUAUUCGGACAUCUACCUAGAGGCUCCCUCUGACCUGAUCAGGGAGGUGAAACCAUACGAAAGAUCAGGAGCCCGCGAGGCAAUCGACAGAUAUAACAGAGACGUCCCGAACCUUAUGAGCGGAACUGCCAAGGUCAGACUUAUCAAGACGCUUGACUUGACCACCAUUGAGUCUAUUGUUCCGCACUUUAUGAUGCCUCACUUUGUGAUCAACGUCCGAGUCGGUGGUCUUCGCCCUGAUCAGAACGACUUGAUCAAGGGUGUCAUUGACAAUGGUUCACAAAUCAACGUUAUUUCAAGAUCGUACGCAGACAAGCACGCUAUCAAGCUUACAACUACGCCGCUUGGGAUGAACGCUUUUGAUCCCAAUUCAGAGCGUGUAUCCUUUGACGGAGCAGCUAUCGUGCCUGUCUGGGUUGAAGGCCACUGUUUCUUAACCAGCAUGUUCGUUGCUGACGAUAGAAGGAUGAACGAACCACUUCUUCUGGGAUCGCCUUUUGGGUUCCAUACGCAGAUCAACUACGUGUAUGGCCCCGACAUGAUCACGCUGAUACUGACAACAGGGCAAACUCGUCUCCAUGUCCCGGCCGCAUUUCUGAAGUUUGGCAAUCCUGGGAAGUUCCUAGAUUAUCUGCCAGACUGGGACAACUAUGUGAGGGCUCUCAAGGACCAUCUCCCUGAUCAGACCAAGCUGCAUCAAGACCAGGAAAACUAG